AUGGCGGAAAACUCGUCCUUUGUUGCCAAGCCGGCGAGAGGAUGGCUUCAUCCAGAUUCUAUUCUAGCCAGCGACGGUAUAACAUAUGCAGUGAGAUACAUUGGCUGUAUGGAAGUUUUAACAUCUAUGAAAAAAUUAGAUUUUGACACAAGAUCUCAAGUUGCUAAAGAAUGUAUAGCCCGAGUUUGUGCAGCUGCAGGGCUAAGAUCAGCAGAUAAAAAACGACGCAUUAGUCAAGCCGCUGCAUGUGCACUUGCCGCCAAACCCCGAAUGUCUCACUCUGGGUCCAAUGUUGCGCUCACAGUUUCAUCAAAGGCUAUAACAAUAGCAGCAUUGGAAGGAGGUGACACCAUCGCCAGACAUGACAUGCCACGAGUUUCUUUCGCCUCUGGUGGUGACUCAGAUUCUUUGGAUUUUGUUGCCUAUGUGGCAAAAUCGGCCCCGCCUACAGAAUGGAGAGCAUGUUAUGUCCUCGAAUGCGGUGGAAUGUUGGCCCAAGACGUGAUUGCAACUAUUGGACAGGCUUUUGAAUUGCGGUUCAAGGAGUUCUUGACAAAACCUUCAUCGUUGAACUUGAACGGAUCGCGGCCGCUGUGCUCGGGUAAUGGCCUGCCUCCAACGGGGCCGAUAGACGAGCGAGAGUACUACAACGACCUGCCCGACAAGAUCCCCCCCGAGCCGACGCCCACCUACCGCCACCCCCCGCCGCCCCCUCUGGCGUCUCUCGCCCCGAUAUCCUCGUGCGAAGAAAGCGUCCGCCACUACGUGAACCAAACACCACCACCGCGAACCCCACCCACGGCGCUGCUGCCCAACCACCACACGGAUAUAUUCGACAUGCAGCCGUUCACCGCGGCGCCGGUGACGUCACCGUGCGCCUCCUCCUCGUCGGGCGCGUCGUGCACCUCGAGCGCCUGCCAGGGCGCCCCCGCCGAGGAGCCCCUCUCGGCCUCCGCGCAGGCCGCCCUCCUCGCCGCCGAGCCCUGGUUCCACGGGCCCAUCACUCGCACCACCGCCGAGAAGCUGGUGGUGGAAGACGGCGAGUUCUUGGUGAGGGAGUCGGCGGCGUGCCCGGGCCAGUUCGUUUUGACGGGGGCGAGGCGCGGCACCCACAAGCAUCUGCUGCUCGUGGACCCCAACGGAGUGGUCAGAACAAAGGACCGAGUGUUCGAGAGUGUACCGCAUCUGUAUCAAGUACCAUUGCACCAACGAGCUGCCAAUAGUGUCGGCCGAUUCCGCUCUCCUGUUGCGGAAGCCAGUUCUAAAAACUGGCUCGUGAGACAGCUGUCCCCUGUUCAACUGGCUACGGCUAAGCGUCUGAGCCGGUGGUCCUGC